UUAUCGUUUGUGAAAAAUAACAUUAAUUGAUUAGAUUCGUCAUUGUGAAAAUUGAUGUAUUGUAACAUAUACUUAUUAUUAAAUAUGUUUUAAAAUACGAGAAAAAUGAAUUGUCAUCAAAUUUUGAGUGGAGCAUGUAAUGCUGGCGACAGAUGCUUCGCUACAGGAUCUGUAGAAGGUGUCUCAUUUACAGCGUAUGCUGCGGGAUGCAAUAUUGUAAUAUUGGCUAGUACCUUCGAGAGAGUACAAAUAAUUCCAGGAGCUACACAUGGCUAUGUUAAGAUAUCUGCUCUUGACUGCAGUACCGACACCGGAAAGAUUGCUGCAUCUUAUGAAAAUAAAAUAUGUAUAUUCGAACCCACACCUAUGCUUCUGAGCAACAAAAAUGUUAAACAUUACUUGGAUUACAGAUGGGUGCAAACAGGUUCGUUUUUGUGCAAUUAUCAUGUUUACACUCUCUCGUGGAACUUGGAAGGGACUCGUCUUUUAACCGGCGGUUCUAUUAUAGAAAUGUGGAAGGAAAGAACUUCUGAAAAAGCCGAGGAAAGCUCUACUGGUGUAAAGUUCGAAAUAGGUGGUGGUGACCGCGGAAAUAAAACUCCUACCAAUGAGAGCACAGACGAUGUUGUAACUUGGGACACUAUAUGGUCAUGUCAAACUGCUAUUCCAAUUUAUCAUAUGGCAUUUAGUCCUGAUGGCACUUUAUUCGCUACAUGUGGUCGAAAUGACAGACUUGUAAAAAUUUGGUAUGAAAAUAAGCAAGUUCUCUUUCCCUCAAAAAAUGGCAGCAAAACAGUUUUCGGAAAUGAUGCCGAACUAAACUUUACGUACGUUUAUAUUGCGCAUCCUCGUGCAGUAACAAACAUUGCAUGGCGAAAAACAAGCAAGUACAUGCCGAAGGGAUCGGUAUCCAACAUGAUUGUAACAUCUUGUCUUGAUAACAUAUGUCGUAUUUGGAUAGAAACUGUGUUGCCAGAUGAUGGUUUAAUUAAUAUGACACAGUUUGAUCCAUUGGCUUCCCAAAAUCCAAAAUUCAGGACACAACGUCAUAAGCACCGUUUUAUGCAAAGAUUAAAACAUAUGAAAACUUGUUUUCAUAUAAGAAGGCAUGUUAAGACCGAGACUGGAAUGGUUAAUUAUCAACCAAAUAUUGAUACUUUUCAUGGGCCUAUACCAUCCUUGCCGUCUUCUUGUAGUGUUCACGACUUUCAUUCAUAUGGAUUUCAUGGAACAGGAAUGGCUCCCGGUAUGCAUUUUCAUUUGGCCGCUUCAAUCAACGCAGAGACGGAUAUUCCACUGGUUCCUUCAAUGCAUUCUACGGAUAGUUCUAAUCAAAACAACUUUAUUUUACACUGGCUUAAUAACAAGGAAAUUAAUUUUUCUUUACAAGCUGAGGUCAUAUUGCAAGAGUUAACGAAAAAAAUAAUUGACGAAGAGAGUACAAAUGUGUCCACUAAUAAUGUUUCAGAACACAAUGAAGCAGAUGUUGCUGACGAAUCUAAAAAGAAAAUUUUCCGAGCUUUGUCGAAAUCAUUGUCUGCAGAGGACAGCAAUUCAGAGGAUUGCAAGAAUUCGCCGCACCAUAAUAAAAUCGGAAUUUUACAAAAUGCAAAUUCAAUGUCAAAUACAGCAUCCCUAAAUUCGUUAAAUAACGAAAAUAACCACGUAAUUAAUCAGUUUACUGACUCUUUGGAUUUGAAAAUUGAAUGUUUAUUGAGAGAUUGGCAUCAAAGUCCCGAUCUUGUAUUUGCAAUUCAUCCUAUUGAUGGAAGUUAUCUUAUAUGGGUAGUUGAUUGGUUGGACGAUUAUUAUCCCGGAUCUUUUCGCCAAGCACAAAUUUCGUUUUCCACAAGAAUACCUUUUGCAUUUCCUCUCGGAGAUGCAAUGUCGAUGUCAACAACAGUUAGUUUAUAUAAUACGGGAUCUCCACCACUUAUUUUUAGAGAAAUCGCAAAUAGCGUGAAAAGUAGAAGUGAGGAAAUAACAUCACUUAAAGAGUCACCAAGCUCUUCGCCUUUAAAUAAGGUGAGCAACCCCGACAUAAGCGAGCAAGCUUUUAAUACUUUAACAAGUAGUAUUUCACCUUCUGUUUCAAUGGUGACAAAACAUUCCAAUGGAACAUUAAAUCUGUGGCAAUUAACUUUUGCACUUAAAACUAAGUUCACGCAAGUCCUAAGCAUAGGGCAUGUUUGCAGAGCUUCUGGUCAUCGUUUUAGAGUCAAUGACAUAACAUGUCAUCCAGUUUUGCCACUUCUUGUAUCAACGUCCCAUCACAACUUACCUGAAUCAGAGAAGAAAUCACCUAACAAUGCAGAAAAUCUUCCUUACAAUAAAGACGUUUUUACACCUUCAGGAUUCUGUUCUGAACUAAUUUUAUGGAGAGUUGAUUCUGUGGGUCCUCUUUGUUAUACAGGGGGAGUAAGUGAAUUAGCACGUAUUAACUCACCUGAAAUUUCAGCAUUUAGCAAUGUAGCAUGGAUUCCUACUUUACUACCAAGUACUACUUUGGGAAGCAGUAGUAAUUCACCAUCAGCUUGUUUUGUUGCCAGUGAUGGAGAGAAUCUACGAGUUUAUCAAGCAGUAAUUGAUGCUCGCACAUUACUUGCAGAAAUAUCUUCAUCAGAAAAUGUCAAUAACCUUUAUAAAUCCAAUUCAAUGACAUCAAUAUAUUCAAAUGCUUCGUCAACAUUUAAAACACGAAAAACAAAUUUUCAUGAAAAAUUAAAAGUAGUAUCACAGCAGUCCACCGCACGCCCUGGAUGUAUAAUUCAACUUGACCCAAUAUCUGAAGCUAAACACGACUGGCAGAAUACGCAAUUCUUACAUGUAUUUCAAGCUCAGUUAAUUGAUGGGGGACACCGAAUGGAACCUGAUUUAGAUGCAAUUGUUGAUUUACAACAAAAUUAUGAAUUCAAGGAGCCAUUUUAUAUUGUUAUAAUUGAAAAAACUGUAAAAGGCAGUACAAUUCAUAUGUGGCGCAUUAUAAUUUCAUCAAAAGAGCAAAAAACUUUUCUAUCCGAUACAGCAAUGUAUGUUCCUGAUAGCAACAUUGUUCAAGAUAUCGACGACUCAGAUUUGGCAGCACGAAGGAUGUCAGUUGCUAAUAUAUUACUAAAUAAUUGUGAUGACACAGGUAAUGAUACAUCACAUAUGACUAUAAAAACAGAAAAAGUCUGCACACAGGAUUUACCGAUGCCGGAAGGUGUAGAUGUCGUUCAUGCUUCACCAGCUGCUGGCCAUUUAAGUUCGUCAUCCAUUUAUCCAGCUUGUUAUGCUCCCUAUAUAAUAGUCACGGCAUGUUCAGAUUCAAUUUCUCGAUUUUGGAAAUGUGAAACAAGUUCCGACGAUGAUAUAUCCGUAAAGACAUAUAAAUGGGUGGAGUGGAAAAUGUUCAGUAGAAUACAAGAUUCUGCUAUAGAAAUUCCUGGUCAGCCUUUGAAUAUUAGUGCUGCUUAUUCGGGAAGGGUGGCUUGUGCUUAUAAAUAUGGAAAAAGCUUUACAAGACCAAAUAAAGGUGAUCCAGACUCUAGGUAUAUAAAUCUUUGUGUAGCGAUUUAUGAAUGUGAAAGUUCUGGUGGAAGCGAAUGGGUGUUAGAAGAUACGAUACACUUAAAAAAUGUACAUUUGCCUCGGAUGAAUAUUGACCAUGGUAUUGAUCUUAGUUAUUUACAUGAUAAUCGAUUAUUGCAAAAAAAGCAACGUCUUAAUCAAGUUUUUCAAACAUUCACACAAGAAGACGGUAGAUCUCCAAGAAGUGGAGAUACAACUCCUGAGCUUACAACAAAAACAUCUUCUACAUCUGGUCUAUUGGCGGUACCCAGUUUUAGUACCUUACAAUCGCUAAGGAAAAGUAUCGCUGAAAAUGGAAACACUUGUCCAUUAACUCAAAAACAUCUCGUUCAGUUGGAUUGGGUGUCAAAAGAAGACGGUUCCCAUAUAUUAACAGUGGCUGUAGGGAGUAAAAUACUUUUGUAUACUGCGGUUUCAUCUGACAUUGCUCAGGCUAAUAUUAAAGCUAUGAAAGUGUCAAGGUCAGCAAAUCGACCUAUAUUGCGGAAAGCUAGCUCCUUAGCUCAGCCACAUUUUAAUGACGAAAUACGUUGGAUGAAACUUCGUCAAAUUGAUUUACAUACCGCAGACGGUUUACCGCCACUACCUAUGCAAAUUUCAUGGGUUCGGGAUGGAAUAUUGGUAGUAGCAAUGGAUUCUGAAAUGCAUGUUUACUCACAAUGGAAGCCUCGUUUUAAUGAACAGCAUAGCGUAGACGAUCUUUUCGAUUCACGGAAUCUACGUGAUGAAGAUUUGAGAUCAUUGGCUAACGAAUCUACGCAAAUGCGAUUAAAAACUGCGUCAUCUAUGCCAUUAAUAAGUAAAGUGAGCACUGCUAACCUCCAGUUACUUUCCAAUGAAAAACGUAAACGAUAUGGAAAUUCAAGUGCAAGCUUUCCAGCAGGUUGUGAUUCAACAAAUGAUGAUUAUAUGCCUGACUUUGGACUAUUUCAAGCUUCACGCAUCGCAUGCCCGGUACUUCCACAAUACCACCCAAAGCAACUGAUGGAACUCCUUAAUUCUGGUAAAAUUAAUUGGGUUAAGGCAAUAUUAGCCCAUUUAGUCCGUUGUAUGAGUGGACCGAAUGAAUAUACAUCAACUUCAGACGAUGGAAGUUCCGAGAAACAGAGGGCAUGGUCUCGAUCUCGAACUUUAUCCAUCAGUUACGUUGGAGAUACGAACAUAUCAACUGAACACAGGGGUUCAACUACGCAGGUUCCCGAAGAAUUGAUGCUCGACUAUACUGAAAUCACAUCAAUACCUCCAUUACCGCUUUGGGUCCUGCUAAACGCAGAUAAUGAAUUUCCAGGGCAGGGAAUGAACGCUUUGGAAAAUGGUAAAGACUAUAAUGAACUUUUUGAGAUGAACAAGUCGGAGGACAAUUUAGAUGAUCUUCUUGAGAAUGAAGGAGACCAUUGUAAAUUCGAAAGAAAGUUAUCCAUGCCAGAAAAAUUAAGUAUAUCACAUUUCGGUUCUCGUCAAGGGCAGUUGUUGUCGCGUCUGCUUACUCAUACGCAUUUACCAGGAUUGUCUUCUCUAGACCAGAUGCAUCUAUUAGCUCUGGCUGAUACCGUUGCAAAUUUCAACAGCGACUUCAGCGAAAAAUUUUCUUCCGAUCAUGGUAAAAAUGUUGGUAAAGAAAUUACAAGGAAUGCAAUAUCCGAAUCUUUAGAUGAUUGUGGUCUUCGGUUUUUACUUGCUAUGAAACAUUUUACGUACCUUUUACGCUGUUUACCACUAAACCAAAGGACACUGUUUCAAAAGCAAGGCAUUGGAACUUCAAAUAUAGUGUGGGCUUUUCAUUCUGAAAGUGAAGAGGAGCUUCUAAAUCUUAUUCCUUCUUAUUCAAAAGGAGAUCUAAGGUGGUCUACACUGAAAGAUCUCGGCGUGGGAUAUUGGUUGAAAAAUGUAAACACUUUACGUUGUUGCGUUGAAAAACUAGCAAAGAGUGCUUAUCAAAUGAAACAAGAUCCAUUAGAUGCGGCUAUAUUUUAUUUAGCUAUGAAGAAAAAAUCGAUUGUUUGGGGUCUUUUUAGAUCAAAACGAGACGAAAAAAUGACCGCUUUCUUUUCAAAUAAUUUUUCUGAAGACCGGUGGAGGAAGGCAGCCCUGAAGAAUGCUUUUGUUCUUUUAGGAAAACAACGCUUUGAGCAUGCAGUUGCAUUUUUCCUUCUUGCAAAUUCUUUAAAUGAUGCCAUAGAAGUUUGCAUAAAUAAAUUAGAAGACUUUCAGCUUGCUUUAGUAAUAGCGAGAUUAUUUGAAGAUGACAUUGAAAUAUCAUACAAAUCAACUUAUCGAAGUUUACUCUCAGAACAUGUUCUUGGAAUUGCCGAUGAUAACACUGUAUUUGAUAUAAGUAAAGCUCACCCAGAUCCUUUUCUUCGGUCGAUUACUUAUUGGAUUUUAAAGAGAUACCAAGACAGUUUGCAUACACUAUUGUUAAACGGAGUUGGUAUUAAUCAUGUCGCAUUCAAAGAUGAAGACAUGUUAAAAGCUGAAAAUUCUGCAACAAAUCCUAAUGUUUUUAACUUCUACAUAUAUUUACGUACACAUCCAUUGCUUGUCCGGCAAAGCUUAGCGCUGUCUGCACAAGAGAAGAAAUGUGCAAAUGUAGUAUUAUCAGGAUUUAGUUAUUCUGGAGAUAAUCAAAAAACAAAAUCGAAUGAUAAACAAAUUCAAUUAGAAGAUUCAAUAACGCCUAUUGAGAGACAGCUUUAUUUUACAACGGCCCAUGCACACUUUAAGGCUGGUUGCCCAGCAUUAGCUUUAGAAGUGCUAAACAAAUUGCCAAUGAAAAUUAUGGAUUCAAAUAAUGUUAUCGAAGAGACUAGUACUAAAAUUUAUAAGGAAGACCAAAUAACUUCUGGUAUAAUUGAUUGGAGUGAACCAGUGGUUGAUUCUGCCACAAAAUAUGAUAUGGAUUGGGGUGUUCCAGUUUCGUCCUUACAAAAAGAAGAUGCAUUUGAAAUAAAGUGGGACGAUGAUGACUAUCCCGAAGAUACGGAAGUUGAUAAGUCUGUUCUAAACAAAACUCCAAUAACAAUAACCAACGCUCCACAAAAAAACCAGUUAGAGACAUCAAAAGAUGUGAAAAUAGAUAUUAUGGCACAGCAACUUAAAUUUGUAGCAUGCUUAAAAAUAUUAAUGGAAGAACUUUCGACGUUAGCUACUGGAUUUGAAGUUGAUGGUGGUCAAUUACGCUAUCAGCUUUACAUCUGGUUAGAGAAAGAAGUUGAUGCACUAAAACAACUUUGCAAUUACUGCAAUUAUGAUACCCUUGAAUUGGAGUCUACUACGCAAAUUUCUGAUGUAAUAUUGAAUGAAAGAGAUCCAAACUCUACCUCUUUUGUGUUAUCAGACAAGCCAACCCUUCAUGAAAUUUUGAUGCAAGAAAAAUAUGAUUUUGAAGCAAAAGUUUUUAGAGCUGCUAAACGAAAGCGAUGGCUUAAAGGUAACGAAACACUUUUACGAACGUUGCUGAGUUAUUGUUCACUUCAUGGCGCUAGUGGUGGUGGUCUUGCUUCAGUCAGAAUGGAAUUAGUACUCCUUUUACAAGAACUACAACAAGAGAAAACGCAGCAACAACUAUUAAGCCCACUUCCAUUUCCAACAACUUUGCCGUUAUUAAGUGCAUGCGUGGCGGGUAAUAAAACUGUCAGCGCUGAUCCUAUUAAAUAUUUGCAGUCUCAAACGGUGGAUAUGCUUCAGACUAUUAUUAAAAUUUCACCGUUACCUGGAGUUGCAGCGAACUCUUUUUGCGAAAUCUUCAUUCUCAGAGAUUUAUCAAUUGCACUAUCCUCUUGUAUUUAUCAAUCUUUAUGUGACUCGGAAAGUUUUGUUGUUCAUCGCAACUCAACAUUAAAUGGAUUUCAAAGCCCUGGUAUUGAAAACAUUGCUAAAUUGAAUUCACUUUUCGAAUGUUCACAUUUAAUUGGCAAUAGCAAUGCAUAUAAUAAGAGAAGAAAAUAUUCGUGCGAUGAGUCAACAGAUGUUUGUACUUCCCCGGCGAAGUGGCCUGGGGUUACAAAUUUAAGAGCAUUGUUAGCACGAGAGAAAGAUGAAGACAUUCCAAAAUUAAACGUUUUACUACUUGAGUCAUUUAUUGCUACCUUUAUGUCGCUCUUAAUAUAUUCCAUGGCCACUUGUGACUGUCGCUUGCUAUAUAGACUUGUUGGGCAAAAAUUUUCGACAGAAACGUGGUCGACCAUAUUCGGAGGUGGAAUGAAAAGGUUAUUGAGAAAAGCAACUUUACGCAACGAAACUACGACUCCGAAUCAAUCGCAAUCUAACGGUUCUGAGGAUAGAACCGAUGAAAGUGGUGUUUGGAACACAGUCACUUCCAUCACCAAACAACGUGUUAAACUCAACAUGAAACUACUUGGCACAUUCAGCCACAGUAGUACCUCAACAAAUAUGAAAGAAGAUAAGCCUACUUAUCGAGAACAAUUUGUUCCUCCAGAGAUGUCUAUGUUGUCUUAUUUUCUCUUGAAACCUAUCAAUACUAAUGGUUGUUUUGUUGAAAGCAGCGGCCAGGGGCCAGCAAUACACAGAUAUCGUUCGCUCUUAAACAAAGAUAAUACGCCGUUCCUCGUUAAUUCAUCUACUGGGCCUAUUCGAAGAUUGUGGAAUUAUUUAGUUAGGCAGGAACAAGCACAGGAAGUUUUUAUUAAAGCAGUGUUUGGAAAGAAACUAGAUUAUCGUACGAUGACUCGAGAUAAUGUCGAUUUUAAAUUAGAAUCAGGAUCAGUAAAUGAAAGCGACGAAACCGAUCAUAUAAGAGUAAUCCAUAAGGAUCACGAAGCUUUAUUAUCAUUUUGUUUAAACAAUAAUUCUUCUGGGAUGAUUUCCUUAGCCAGUCCAAGGGAAAUACAAGAAUUAGACAUUACGAUGUUAUUAGAAUCCCCAAAUUGGUACGAAGACGAAUGUGAUUAUGAUGUGUUAUCUAAGGAAGCAGAACCCUUGUCAUCUACUGGAUUUUUGGUUAUUCAAACUCAAGAACAGAACCAACAUAAUUCAGCUAUAAACUCCGAAUCAUCUGUAAAUUUCCCGUCCGCUUCACAGUCAGGCCGAGGUACUUCAUUGAUAUUGCGCCAUAAAAUUGAAAAUGUAAAACGGAUGAGUUCUCAUCCAUUACUCCCUCUGUAUCUUACCGGAGGUCAAGAUGGUUCAGUUCAAAUAUGGGAAUGGGGUCACCAACAGCCGGUAUGUUCACCACGACAAUCAGGUACCUUUGCAAAAGUGACUCGAUGUAGAUUUUCUGAGCAAGGAAAUAAAUUCGGCAUUGGAGACGGAGAUGGAAAUUUGAGUUUAUGGCAAGCUGGUACUGCAACGCAAAACAAUCGACCAUUUUUUACUCACCAGUGUCACAAUAAAUUACUUUCGGACUUCGUGUUUCUUGGAUCUUGCAGUUUGCUCGCAACAGCCGGUCAAAGCUCUGAAAAUAAAAAUAUAAAUAUUUGGGAUACAUUAUUGCCGCAAAAAAAAUCGUGCGUUUCAGCUUUUACAUGUCACGAUCAAGGAUCGUCAUGCAUGUGUUUUGCUCCGCAACAUCAAUUGUUGAUUUCCUGUGGAAAAAAAGGUGAUAUUUGCGUCUUUGAUGUAAGGCAAAGGACUCUUAAGCACCGAUUCCAGGCGCAUGAUGCUACUAUAAAGUGUAUUGCCCUUGAUCCGCAUGAGGAAUUUUUCGCUACAGGAUCUGCUGAAGGUGAUAUUAAGAUAUGGAGCUUGAAUCAGUAUUCGUUAAUUAACACAUAUACGGCUGAACAUGCCAAAAACAGUUUCUUUAAACAUAUUGGCCAAGGUGUCAGCCAAGUGCAUAUAGACAAUUAUGGGCGUCUUUUCUCUUGUGGCUCGGAUGGGUGCAUGAAAGUCCGGCAACUAGUGGAAAAGGAAUCAGUUGUUCACACUAUGUACUAAAGUAUUUAAAAAUUUACCAUUAUUUCGGUUUACAACUCGACUGUAUUUUAGUUGGAGAUUUUAAAUUCGGUAUUGUUAAUAACCACUUGAAUUUCAACAUUUUUGUGACAUUUUACAGGUUGAGUACAUUUCGAAAAAAUAUUAGCGAGUAAAUAAACUGUUUCAAAUAAUUUUCAGUUAUUUUUAAUACAAACACAUAG